UGAAAUUUGAAUUCGUAAAAAUAUUUUCGGCUGGGAAGAAACCUCGGCGCAUCACGAAACGACGAACCUGAGCAAUUACCAAACAUCAACAUUCAAACACAAGAACCAGCACGACAAGAAGAAGGAAACGAUCUUCGAUCUUCGACCACUUGACUCCACAGCCCACCGUACUACACGUACCUUGACUCCUUCCAGUUUCUCCUCGAGUCAUCGAAAAUGGCUCGAACCAAACAAACCGCGCGCAAGAGCAGCGGUGGAAAAGCUCCUCGGAAGCUCUACGCUACCAAAGCUGCUCGGAAGACUGCUCCGGCCGCUGGAGGUGUUCGAAAGAAGCGACGCUUUCGUCCUGGGACGGUGGCUCUUCGUGAGAUUCGCCGAUACCAGAGGAGCACCGACCUUUUGAUUCGCAGGCAGCCCUUUCAGAGACUAGUCCGGGAAAUUGCUCAAGAUUUAAAGUCGGAUCUACGCUUUCAGGGGACUGCUCUCCUGGCAUUGCAGGAGGCGUCGGAAGCAUAUUUGAUUGGGGUCUUUGAGGAUUCCAAUCUUUGCGCCAUUCACGCCAAGCGUGUGACUGUCAUGACCAAAGACAUUCAGCUGGCGAUGCGCAUCCGUGGUGGCCGCUACUAAGCAAGCCGUAACCACCCAUCCUGCAAAGAGAGGAACUGGAUCGAAUCGAAUCAGAUUCUGUGAGCAAAACAACUAUUUGUGCAGCAAAGAAAGUGCAAUACCUACAAAAACACAUGUGCGACAACAAUUUGAAAUAGUCAAGCGGCCAAUGCGCUUCGGGCAAUGAUAUGAAACCACCCAGUUCUCUAGCUAGCUUUCCCCUAACGCGCGACAAUCGGUUUCAUCAAAUAAUGGAAGAUUCGGCUUUCGACGCAAUUCUGGCCACUAGCUAGGCAAAAGAUAGAGAAACUACGGCUAGCUAGUAGCGCUGUCUGUAAUGAUACAUGUAAGAUCAUGGUGUUUAUGUGU